CAAGAUGAGGGAGAUCGUGCACAUCCAAGCCGGGCAAUGCGGCAAUCAGAUCGGUGCCAAGUUCUGGGAGGUGAUUAGCGAUGAGCAUGGAAUUGACCCCACUGGAACUUACCAUGGCGACAGUGAUUUGCAGCUGGACCGCAUCAGUGUUUACUACAAUGAGGCCACAGGUGGCAAAUAUGUCCCUCGUGCCAUCUUGGUUGAUUUGGAGCCCGGGACUAUGGACUCCGUGAGAUCUGGGCCUUUUGGCCAGAUCUUCCGACCAGACAACUUUGUAUUUGGCCAGAGUGGAGCUGGUAACAACUGGGCCAAAGGCCACUAUACAGAAGGUGCUGAGCUGGUCGAUUCAGUCCUGGAUGUAGUGAGGAAGGAAGCGGAGAGCUGCGAUUGUCUGCAGGGCUUCCAGCUGACCCACUCUCUGGGUGGCGGAACCGGUUCCGGGAUGGGCACCUUAUUGAUCAGCAAGAUCCGUGAAGAGUACCCUGACCGCAUCAUGAACACCUUCAGCGUGGUGCCGUCUCCGAAGGUCUCUGACACCGUGGUGGAGCCAUACAACGCCACUCUCUCGGUGCACCAGCUAGUGGAGAACACGGAUGAGACCUACUGCAUUGACAACGAAGCCCUCUACGACAUCUGCUUCCGCACCCUCAAGCUCACCACUCCCACCUAUGGCGACCUUAACCACCUCGUCUCUGCCACCAUGAGCGGCGUAACAACCUGCCUCCGCUUCCCUGGGCAGCUCAACGCUGACCUCCGCAAGCUGGCAGUCAACAUGGUCCCCUUCCCCCGCCUCCACUUCUUCAUGCCCGGCUUCGCUCCCUUGACCAGCCGUGGCAGCCAACAGUACCGAGCCUUGACAGUCCCGGAGCUGACGCAGCAAGUCUUCGACGCCAAGAACAUGAUGGCAGCCUGCGACCCCCGCCAUGGGCGCUACCUGACCGUGGCGGCCGUCUUCCGGGGCCGCAUGUCCAUGAAAGAGGUGGACGAACAGAUGCUGAACGUGCAGAACAAGAACAGCAGCUACUUCGUAGAGUGGAUCCCCAACAACGUCAAAACGGCAGUGUGCGACAUCCCUCCCCGUGGUCUGAAAAUGGCCGUCACUUUCAUCGGCAACAGCACAGCCAUCCAGGAGCUCUUCAAACGUAUCUCUGAGCAGUUCACCGCCAUGUUCCGCCGCAAGGCCUUCCUCCACUGGUACACAGGAGAGGGCAUGGACGAGAUGGAGUUCACAGAAGCAGAGAGCAACAUGAAUGACCUGGUCUCUGAAUACCAGCAGUACCAGGACGCCACAGCCGAGGAAGAGGAGGACUUCGGUGAAGAGGCCGAGGAAGAAGCUUGAGGUUCAUCUGCUGCCAUU